UCCCUCGCAAACUUGCAGCUAUGAAAUCGGCUCUCCUCAGAACCGUCUCCAUUCCCGUCAUCUGGCCGUCCGGCACCGCUUCGUCAUCCUUCUCCAAUUACAGACCGUUGCAUGGAGUUUUCACCGGCCACAAGAGUUCCGUUUCGUCUCCAAAGAUCUCUCUGCAUUUUGAGAUGAAUAAUCCUAGAGGAAGGAAUUCGAGUGGUAUACGAAGGGCGUCAUCGGAGAGCGACAUCUCUCGAUCGCUGCAUGAGGUUUCGAAUCCGUAUGAUCAAUUUGGAGGAGUCGGAUCUCGAUCUCGGACUCGAUCCUCUCAUUCUGAAAUACCAGAGGAGGAGUUUUUGAACCAGGAUGAAUUUGACAGUGAUUCGAUGGAGGACGACUCUGGAUGUUUGGAUUCCGGAAUCGGCUGCAGCGAUGGCGCUGAAUUUUUUACAGAUACGUUUUAUGACGGAAGUAAUGACCGUAAUAAGAUCGGAGCGUACUACGAAGAGUUGCUGAAGUUGAACCCUAACGACGCUCUGUUACUGAGAAACUAUGGAAAAUUCUUACAUGAGGUGGAGAAAGAUCAUGUGAGAUCAGAGGAAUGCUACAGCAGAGCAAUAUUGGCGAAUCCAAGCGACGGAGAGUUGUUGGCUUUGUAUGGAAAACUGGUGUGGGAGUCUCACAAAGACAAGCAAAGAGCUGAAUAUUACUUCGACCGCGCCGUGCGUGCCUCCCCUAACGACUGUUUGGUGAUUGGUUAUUACGCCUAUUUCUUGUGGCAAAUUGAAGAUGAUGAAGAAGAAGAGGCGGCGGAGGUAUGGCCGGCGGCUAUGGUAGCGGCGUUUUAAUUGAUCAAAUGGAUGGGGAGACGACAGUUUUGGCAAAAUAGGAGAGGAGGAGGCAAGAAAGAAUGGCAUGCGAUUCCUGAAUGGGCAUUUGAAGAGGGAACAAAGAUUAGCUUCCGGGUGCUCUCAAUAUCUCAUUUUAUAUUUAUAUUCAUAUUUAUAUUUAAAGCACUUUUACUUU